AUGGCCGAGGACUACGAGCCCGUCCCUCUCCUCGACGAGGAGCGAGACUCCGAGAAGGGUGCCUGGAAGAGAAGACUCAGCUUGGAGGCCCUCUACCGGACACGACCGGUGCGGCGAGUCGUGCAGCACUGGGUAUGGAUUGGGCACGCUGUCCUGCUGUCCAUCUCGAUCACGUUAUUCGCAUUGGCAUUCUGCAUGAGAUAUGCACGGCCGUCUGACCUGGUCAUCACGAAGCAAGUUUCCACCUACUUGGGCGACAUGAUGAUAUCCGAGGAUGAAGUGAAGCGUCUCGGCCUGCCGUUGAACUCCCUCAAGAUCACGGACCCCAAGACCGGCAAGGUCGGCUACCGCGCCGCGAUCGAAGUAUUCCACCAGCUACAUUGCCUGAACUUGCUUCGGCAGUUCACAUGGAAGGAGUACUAUCUGGAUGAGGAUGGUGACAUCAACUACGAUGAGGAGGAUGUUCGGGGUCACGUCGAUCACUGCUUGGAGACACUGCGGAUGAAUUUGAUGUGCCAAGCAGACAUUGGCGUUUUCACCUUCAAGCUCUACCCUGAGCUGGGGGAUGAUGAUCCCUGGCCGGAUUUCUCGACGUUGCACACAUGCCGGAAUUUUGAGGAUAUCAGGAACUGGGCCCGCAGCAGAGCUGUGACGUGGGACGACAACGCCUAG